GAAGACACCCGGAAAACGGAAGCUCCGUAUUAAUUUGGGCAAGCUAACAACAAAGCUAACGUCAUAAUGCGUAGUCACAUCUUGAAAGCACAGCAAAAACAAAACUUUCAUUUCUAAUCGCUACAGCUUUGCUGGAAAUCCUGCACCCGCAGUAUAAACAGCCUCACCUCUGACAAAAUGUCGUUUAAUCGGGAACGAUCCUGGACAUUCAUUGAGGCCGCAUUUGUGACCUUCUUUCUGCUGGAUGCUGUUGAGGCGAAGAAUUUUGAGGAUGUUCGCUGCAAGUGUAUCUGCCCUCCAUACAGAAACAUCACUGGCCAUAUAUACAACCGAAAUGUCUCCCAGAAGGAUUGUAACUGCCUUCAUGUAGUGGAACCCAUGCCGGUGCCAGGCCAUGAUGUUGAGGCAUACUGCCUGUUGUGUGAGUGCAAGUACGAGGAACGAAGCAGCAACACGAUCAAGGUGACCAUCAUCAUUUACCUGUCUGUUGUGGGUGCACUGCUGCUCUACAUGCUGUUUCUGCUACUGGUCGAUCCUCUCAUCCGCAAACAUGACUCUUACACCCAGCCACUGCACAACGAGGAGGACUCUGAGGAGAUGCGUCAGCAGGUGGACAGCAGUCAGGCGAAAGGAAACACCGUGCUGGAGCGGGUCGAAGGAGCACAGCAACGCUGGAAAAAGCAGGUCCAGGAACAACGCAAGACUGUUUUUGACCGACAUAAGAUGCUUAGUUAAACCCUAAAGCUAACCUUAGUACAGGUUUAGAACAAGUAACCUCACCUGGCUCACAACACUGGGAGCAGCUGAACUAACUUAUUUGUAACUGAUUGUGCUAUCCAUCUGAAUCAGUUAAGCACACUGAUGUUCACCCAUUGAGUCGACAUUUCCACUUAAGGCUAAAUUGCGGUUUGCACACUAAUAAACGACUACUACUGCUUUUUUGUUGUAUGUUAGCAUCUUGCUAACACGCUAUUUAUUAUUAUCAUUAUUUAUAUUAAACCUUUUUUUCCCUUGUAUGUUAUAAUGUUAUUGCCAAGCAUUGCACAUUUUAUUGUUAAACAAUAUUACUAAUGAAUUUUUACAUGAGUAGUUGGACAUAUUCAGUAUUAUUUGCAGUAAUAUAAUUGUAAUUGAAGGAAUGUUUAGGAUUUGUGAUUUUAAAGUUUUGACAUCACCUUUUACCUGGUUGCUCUUUGAAUGACACUAAUUUACAGCUUGUACCAGGUGAGAGUUAACAGUCAUUUUGGCAGAUUUUGUCACAGCGACAUUUACAUUAUCUAAUUUGCGGUCCAGGUGAAUGGAAUACACUUUGCAAUGCAACGAGUGACAUGGGGAGUGGGACAUUUGAUGGAGCUUUAAAUCCGUCUGACAUUCAAAAUCAGUAAAGCUGCUAAUAAUGUGUUAAAGUUGGAAAUAUCAGGCUGUAUUACAGCUCUAGUGUGCACAGUCUGCCACUGAAGCUUCCUGUUUUGUUUUUUUCAUAUGACAAAGGUACACUGACUCACAUUCCCUCAGGCUCAGCGGGAACAGUUUAAUUUUAUUUGCUUUCAUGAUCACUGAAAAAAUGUUUUUGGCUAAUUUACCAAUACUUUCAUAUUGCUGCUAUCAUUGGUGUUUUGUAUUUAUGCGUCUCUCCAGUCUAAUUGGAUUAUUUUGCUGUGUAUGUCCACAUGUUUGGCUUGAUGUGAAGCAAUAAUAAAUACAAACACUCUCAAGUGCUA